GUGACUCCAUUUAUGCGGUAUUUCCAAGCGGGAAGCAGCAGGCAGGUCAGCAAGAUUAAUACAGUGGUCGGCUAGACAGCAGUCUCUCCGAUUAUAGACUUCGCUGGUAGGGGAUCUACUAAAAGAGGGAUAUGCCUCGAGAAAUCAUAACACUUCAACUUGGCCAAUGUGGAAACCAAAUUGGUUUUGAGUUUUGGAAACAACUCUGUGCAGAGCAUGGCAUCAGUCCGGAGGGGAUUGUGGAGGAGUUCGCCACAGAGGGCACUGACAGGAAGGAUGUCUUCUUCUAUCAGGCAGACGAUGAACACUACAUCCCCCGUGCUGUUUUGUUGGAUCUGGAGCCCAGGGUGAUCCACUCCAUCCUCAACUCCCCCUACGCCAACCUGUACAACCCAGAGAACAUCUACCUGUCGGAGCACGGAGGAGGUGCAGGGAACAACUGGGCCAGCGGCUUCUCGCAGGGUGAGAAAAUCCAUGAGGAGAUCUUCGACAUCAUCGACAGAGAGGCGGACGGCAGCGACAGCUUGGAGGGUUUUGUCCUUUGUCACUCCAUCGCUGGGGGAACCGGGUCCGGGCUGGGAUCCUACCUGCUGGAGAGGCUCAAUGACAGGUACCCUAAGAAGCUGGUGCAGACCUACUCUGUGUUCCCUAACCAGGACGAGAUGAGCGACGUGGUGGUGCAGCCMUACAACUCACUGCUCACACUCAAGAGGCUCACCCAGAACGCAGACUGUGUGGUGGUACUGGACAACACUGCUCUGAACCGUAUCGCCACCGAUAGGCUGCACAUCCAGAACCCCUCCUUCUCCCAGAUCAACCAGCUGGUUUCCACCAUUAUGUCAGCCAGCACAACCACCCUGCGUUACCCUGGAUACAUGAACAACGACCUGAUUGGUCUGAUCGCCUCUCUCAUCCCCACGCCCCGCCUUCACUUCCUGAUGACUGGCUACACACCGCUCACCACUGACCAAUCGGUAAGUAGUUCUCAGUGA